CAGCUUUUUACUUAAGCACAUCCCACCGUAACACCCUCAACCUUCAACCAAGCCCUUAGUCAUUUGUAUAUAUCGAUUUACAAUGGCCCACGACUUUGAACCAUUGACUAAUGAUUUGGUCUUGAGAACGGCACGAGGCGAAGAUGUAGAGCGUGCUCCAGUAUGGAUCAUGCGUCAAGCUGGUCGGUAUCUACCGGAAUAUCACGAAGCAAAGGGGAACCGGGACUUUUUUGAGGUCUGCCGCAAUCCCGAGAUUGCCUCUACCUUGACUCUGCAGCCCAUCGAGCGCUUUGCUGGCUUGCUAGAUGCCUCUAUCAUCUUCUCUGAUAUCCUCGUCAUACCCCAAGCUUUGGGCAUGGUCGUCGAGAUGGUAGAGAAGAAGGGUCCGCACUUUCCGGACCCAUUAAAGUCCCCCGACGACGGCCAGUACGCCAAAGUUCUCAACAAAAGUGUAGAUGUUGCGGCCGAACUAGGUUAUGUUUACGAGGCUGUAACGUUGACAAGGAAGAAGCUGAAAGGCCGCGUGCCGUUGAUUGGCUUCUGUGGAGCCCCUUGGACUCUCUUCUGCUACAUGGUUGAGGGCGGCGGGACGAAGCUUUUCAUCGAGAGCAAGAAGUGGAUCUACCGCCAUCCAGAAGAGGCCAAGGCCAUGCUUCAAAAGAUAUCGGAGGUCUGCGUUGAACAUCUAGCGCUACAAGUUCAGGCAGGAGCUCAGAUGAUCCAAGUAUUUGAUUCAUGGGCAGGAGAGUUGUCUCCUUCAACCUUCAAGAAGUUCAGCGAACCCUACCUAGCUUAUAUCUCUAAGCAUCUACCCAAGAGGUUAACAGAGCUGGGGUUGGAGCAAGUGCCUAUGAUCGUCUUCCCUAAAGGAGCCGACUACGCUCUUGAUUCAGUAUGCAAUCUAGGCUACGAUGUCGUGGGAUUAGACUGGCAAAUCGACGCCGCGGAAGCCGUCAAGAUUCGGGGGAAUAGACGCAUCGUACUCCAAGGAAAUGCGGACCCCGGAGUAUUAUACGGCACGCAUGAAUCUAUAACCGAAACGGUAGAGGAGAUGGUCAAAGGCUUUGGAGGCGGCAAAAAGGGUUGGAUCGCCAAUUUAGGCCACGGUAUCACACCAUUCGUGAAGCCUGAUGAUCUAAAAUUUUAUCUUCAAGAAAUCAAGCGAUUAACUAGCAGUUGAUAGAACGUUGCAAAGUUCACUAUAUUUCUAUUGAGACUUACUAACAAGCUAUCUAUUGGUCCGGAAAACUCUUGUCUAGAUCUAUCCUACUCC